AUGUCUACAGUCAAGGUUAACGGAGCCAAGAAUGGCGGAGAACGUCAGGUUUUGCCUGCUGGUGAAGCCGCCGCUAAAUACUACCCUGUUUUACGCGAAAAUGUCCCUAAGAAGACCCGUAAGGCUGUUCGCCCUACCAAGCUCCGUGCUUCUUUACAACCCGGAACUGUUUGCAUUAUGUUGGCUGGUCGCUUCCGUGGUAAGCGUGUUGUCGUCCUUAGCCAAUUGGAAGACACUCUUGUUGUUACUGGUCCCUUCAAGGUCAACGGUGUUCCCCUUCGUCGUGUCAACCACCGUUAUGUGAUCGCCACUUCUGCCCCUAAGCUUGAUGUCUCUGGCAUUCCCGUUGAAAAGUUCAACCAAGCUUACUUUGCUAAGCCCAAGCGUAGCGGUCCCCUUAAGAAGGAUGAAGCUUUCUUUGCUGAAAACGCUCCCAAGAAGGCUCUCCCCGCCGAACGUGUCGCUGACCAAAAGGCUGUUGAUGCCAAGCUUCUCCCUGCCAUCAAGGCUGUUCCCAACAUGAAGGAAUACCUUGCUGCUUCCUUUGCAUUGUCUAACGGUGACCGCCCUCACUUGAUGAAGUUUUAA